AUGGCUGGAAACAAGCCCGGAAAGCCAAAAAGCAAGCGCACACCAGUGCGACUUCGCCAUAAAAUCGAAAAAGCAUCUUCAGCAAAGCAAAAGAAGGCGCGCAAAGCAGCCAAGUCAAAUCCAGAAUGGCGGUCGAAAUUAAAGAAAGACCCUGGAAUUCCUAAUCUGUUCCCCUACAAAGAUAAGAUCUUAGCAGAAAUAGAGGAAGGUCGAAGGAGGAAAGCAGAAGAUGUUGCGAGGAGGAGGGCUGAAGCUAAAGAUGCGAAGGCUACGAAAACCGGAGAGCAGGUUGAGAAAGAGGUCGAGGCCAGAAUGGAGGGAGUAGAGGAGGAGGACAUUGAAAAUAUGGAGGUUGAGAUGGACGACGACAUGAAUGAGGACGCCAAUCCUAUGGCCGCUUUGCUUGCCAGUGCUCGUGCAGCGGCAGCAGAGUAUGAAGAUGAGGUCGAAAGCGGGGAUGAGAUGGACGAGGACGAAGAUUCGGACUCCGGAUCUGAGGACGGUGGUGUUGAGCUUGGUCUACAAAAUAGAAAAGACGGGUCGCGGAAGGCAUUCGACAAGGUCUUUAAACAAGUGGUUGAUCAAGCAGACGUGGUUCUAUACGUCCUCGACGCUCGUGAUCCAGAAGGUACCCGAUCAAAGGAAGUCGAGCGUAUGGUCAUGGCAGCAGCAAGUGGCGGAAAAAGAUUAAUACUCAUCCUGAACAAAAUCGAUCUCAUCCCAGCGCCAGUCCUCAAGAACUGGUUAUUACACCUCCGACGAUAUUUCCCUACCCUCCCACUUCGAGCAUCAGGUCCAGCGCCAAACGCACACACCUUCAACCAUAAACAACUCACUGUCCAAAGCACGUCUCAAACUCUCCUCAAAGCACUAAAGUCUUUUGCUGCCGCAAAGCAGUUGAAGCGCGCCAUUUCCGUUGGUGUUAUUGGAUAUCCUAAUGUCGGAAAAUCAUCAGUAAUCAACGCGUUGACUUCACGUCUCGGAGGUGCAGGAGCCGCAUGUCCAGUCGGUGCAGAAGCAGGCGUCACAACAUCCCUCCGAGAAGUCAAGAUAGACAGUAAGCUUAAGCUUCUCGACUCCCCUGGUAUCGUCUUCCCUUCUUCCCUCGACGCCACCGCCUCAAAAGCAAGCAAAGUCGAAGAGCAGGCCCGUCUUGUCCUUCUCAAUGCUAUUCCACCAAAGCAGAUUGAAGAUCCUGUUCCAGCAGUCACGUUACUACUCAAACGACUUUCUGCCUCGAAGGAUAUGGUAGCUAAGUUGAUGGAUGUCUAUGGUCUUCCACCACUAUUGACUACAAACGGUGAUCCAACGACGGAUUUCCUUGUUCAAGUUGCGAGAAAACGUGGACGUUUAGGCAAGGGAGGUGUUCCUAACAUCGCCAGUGCAGCCACAACCGUCAUCACAGAUUGGAGAGACGGCAGAAUUCAAGGCUGGAUGGACGCACCCGUUCUUGCUAUCGCUGAUUCAACGAAACCAGCUGUUGACGCCAAGGGUGUUGCUGCGGUCGGUGAUCAGAAAGAAAUUGUUACCGAGUGGGCUGCCGAGUUCAAGCUUGAGGGCUUGUGGGGUGAUGGAAAGGCUGCUGUUGAGGAUGAGGUUAUGCAGGAGUAA